ACUACCUGUCACAUUCCCUGAUAAUUCAGCAACAGCAACGUCGACGCUAACACUUCCAUCACCACCUUCAAAUCCAUCAAACAAUCUUAUUUCCCUCCAUUCGAAAAUUAUUUACAUUCAUCCUAUCGAUUCAAUUUCUAAUGAGGAAAUUAUCCGGUUUCGUUUCGUUUCAAGUGACACCAAAGAGAACAUAAAAGAAGAAAUUUCGAAGGCAUUUAAUCUCGAAAGGUUUUCACUUCGGGACGACAAGAGGAAUAUCGUGACUGGCAGUUGGGAUUCAUUGGAAAAUAAUCGUCAUUAUGAAAUUAUCGAUCGAGGUGAAUUAACCAAAAUUAGUAGAAAAGGGAAGAAACAUCUGGAUUUUAAUUCUAAGUAUAUAAUUAACGAACCUGAAUAUGCUGAAGAAUUCUUAUCGGAAAGUCAUGGAGAAAGUGAAGAAAGAGAUUUCGAUGGUCGAAUUACUAAUAACAAAAGAAGUACUACGAGGGAAGAUGGACGAAAAAAGCGUAAAAAGCAAUCACAUUUAAUUCGAAAAACUUCAGAAUCACGAAAAAUGUCGAUAAAACGUGCUUCGUUUACACCGGAAAAUGAAAUUUCAGCAAAUUACGAUGCUUUUGAAAAUGACGAUAGCAGAAAUACUAAUAAUGAUACUAGUGGAGAUAGCAUUGGUGGUCAGGUUUCGAAAAGACCCGUCUCCCAUUUGGGUUCAAGUAAAUCUGGAAAAACACAAGUCAAAGCAUGCUCAAGAUGUAGAAAAGGGAAGAAAGGAUGUGAUCGUAAUAGACCGUGUGCUCGUUGUGUAAGGGCUGAUAUGGAAGCUUCCUGCGAUGCUGGCGAGCCAAUUAUUCCCGAAUAA